AUGUCACUUUUUAAGAAGACAUAUGGGUCCAAUAUUAAAUAUCACCAUGCCCGUAGAGGGAAAGAAGUCGUAUUUGAAGAACAGAUUGGGGACGACGAGAAGUCGUAUAGCGAUUUAACUUGGUAUGUCAAAGCCAUUGAGAAAACUAGUCCUGAUAGCUUUGUGAAACUUGAAGUUGAUGAAGAAACUGGAAGAUUCCAGCGGAUUUUCAUUUGUUUCGGUGCUUGCAAGCAUAGAUACACGUAUCUCAGGCCCAUGAUUUACUUGGACGCUACUUUUCUUACUGGUAGAUUCAGGGAUAAUCUUAAACAAGUGGUCGAUGGUCGUCCGAUUGUUUUCCUUAGUAAUCGUCACGAAGGACUUUUGCAGGGCAUUCCAAGAGUAUUUCCUGGUUCACAUCACAGCUAUUGCUUUUACCACAUCAAGUGCAAUCUCCCUAUUGGAUCAGGUGAUGCGAAUUCCAAGGCCGCUAUUGAUUUGUUUUACAAAGCUGCUUAUUCUUACAUAACAACUAACUUUGAAGAAGCUUUGCGGGGCAUGCAUGCAAUUGGUUGUGGACAUGUUGCUAUUAUAUCAAGACUAUUCCAAAGGAGAAAUGGGAAAAUGCAUUUUUCCAUUUUGAAGGUUAUGAAGAAGAAUUCUGAGAGAAUGGUAGAAGAUCUUGAGGAUUUCAACACUAAGCUCACUCACGUAUACGAGGCUAUACUAAAGGAGAACAUCGACAUUGGUCUUACUUGGACUGUUGUUCAGUCCAUGGAAAGAUUGUAUGAAUUUAAGUCUCCCCGGUCUCAUUCUAUAGAUCUAUUGGAGAGAACUUGUACGUGUCACAGGUGGCGAGUAAAUGGUUUUCCUUGUGCACAUGCUACGAGGGAGGACAUUUAUUCAUAUAUUGAGCCAUACUUCACCACUGAAUGGUACAACAGGACAUACCAGGAGAUCAUCUUGUCAAUCCCCAAUUAUGACAAGCCGCAGUCUUAUGAUCCUAGUGAUAGGAUUAUUGUUCCUAUUCAUGUUCCUCCACCCGGUAGAUGA